UUUGAGAACUCAGUUCUCAAACAAACUCCAGUGAGAAACGAUCAUGAAUCAAUCACGUGAAUAGUUGUAAACAUUUUUUAUAAAUUUUUAAGUAAUAGUUACUGCCGAUAAAUAAACCGCGCAGUUAUGCGCCUGUUUAAGAGGAGCCCAACUAUUUCUGUAUCGAUUCUCAUGUGAAUCAAACCCCAGAAAGAUGCUGAUCAUCCAACUGGUCUUACUGGGACUUGUAUUGCCAAUUAGGGGUGGUUACAUACCACCCGGACCGCGAUACACAUGCCCAAAAGACCAUCUUUACAUAUACCCCUGUGAAUGCCUGCGAGGAAGUGACUCAGGUCUAUUUAUAAGAUGUGAAAACACGAACCUAGCAAGCUUGAGUCUGGCUUUCGCCAAUUUGGGAAACGAAGCCGCACCUAUUGAGGAAUUGACGCUUUACAAAUGUAACAUCGCUAGAUUUUACGGACCAGCGCUCUACCCGCUGGAUGUUCGCGUGAUAAGGAUAAUCGAUACUCCGCUGAAGUCGAUUGAGGAGCACAGCUUUCUCGGAGUUAAUAGAACACUUCAAGAAUUGUACAUCGAGAGAACCGAGUUGGAACGUUUUCCCCGCGAGGCGCUGCAGAUAUUAGGAAACUUAUCGAUUAUGAAAAUAAAGGGAAAUAAAUUAACUACACUGCCCGGGAACAGCUUCAGUGGGAGUAUGCUCGCGGGAAAGCUUGAGAAAUUAGAAAUUAGCGAUGGAUUAUUGUCAUUACUGCCCGCCGACGCGUUGAUACCGCUCAAGAAACUAAAACACCUCGAUUUACAUGGCAACAAAAUCGCCGAACUGAAACGGAACCAAUUCAAGGGUCUGAGAGACACUGAAGUUCUUGAUUUAUCCCACAAUCUUAUCAGCAAGUUGGAUCCCUCUCAUCUUGCGGAUCUUACGAAAAUGGGCUCUUGCAAUCUUUCGCACAACGCAAUCAGCGAGCUAAAACGCGGGACCUUUGCAAGAAACACAGUUUUAAAGGUGUUGAAUUUAAGAAGCAACAAGAUCAGAAAACUCGACUCUAACACCUUCAGAGGAAUGCGAUUCCUUCGCAGGUUGUACUUGAGCGAGAACCAAAUCAACGACGUUGGUCGCGGGACCUUUGGUUCGAUAACCAGGAUCGGUACGAUCGAUCUAGCAAGGAAUCAAAUCAAAAAGAUUGACUAUCAGAUGUUCAACCAGCUCCAGUUCUCUGAUCUAAUCGACGUUUCAGAAAAUCAAGUUACUGUGAUCGAGAAACUGGCCUUCAAGGAUUUGUUUUUAACGCAGAUCAAUUUGUCGCGAAAUGCGAUAGAGAAAAUCGAACCAGGAGCUUUUGAGAAUUGCGCAAACAUCACUUUGUUGGAUUUGAGCUACAACAAAUUGGAGAAUAUUGCAAAAACUGCUUUUGAUAGUGCAACUUAUGCGACAGAAUUGCAACUCAGUUACAAUUUGUUGACGGAAUUAAACCAGGUCCCGCUGCAAAAUAUGACUGGUUUGAAGAUUUUGAACGUUUCUCACAACAAUAUUCAUUCAAUACCCCGGCAAACUUUUCCAAAACUCUAUGAACUGCAUACAAUUGACAUUUCGCAUAACAACUUGUCUGAAAUCCACUCAGCGAUCUUCCAGACGCUGUUCAGCCUCAGAUUUCUGAACAUGUCACACAAUUCGUUGGAAAAAAUCAAACCUGCAACAUUUGGCUCGCUUCCGACGGUGCUAGAACUUGACUUGAGCUACAAUAAACUGAAGGACAUCGCAAGAGGAAGCUUAGCAAAGCUGGCUAGCUGCAGAACUUUGACGGUCAAGAACAACCACCUAGAAAAGAUCUUCCAGCUGCCGAUUUCACUCGGACACUUGGACUUUUCGGAAAACGAGCUAUCAGAAAUUCCAUCGGAAGAUGUCUGGCCGCCAAUGAACUCCCUGCUGUCACUGGACUUGUCACACAACCGGCUGGGAGAUAAUCUCCAGUUCAAGAGCUUCGACCCUCUGCUGACCCUAAGGACCUUGAACCUGGAGAAUAACAACAUGACCCGUCCACCUUGGGCGGCUCUCAGCACUCUGAACAGUCUCCAGUACUUGUACAUGCAGGACAACCAGCUGACCCAACUGGACAAAGCCUCCUUCGGGCAGCUACCAAUUGUCUUCGAGUUAAACCUCGCCAACAACAGAAUUAAGACGAUCAGUCCUCGAGCUUUUGAAGGACUUUUGCAACUGCUGACCCUGAAUCUCACUGGGAAUAACUUGACGCAUAUUCCUAACGGCGCGUUCCAGGGCCUGGUUUCUCUCCGCUCGCUGGAUCUUUCGAAGAACAGAUUGGAGAAGCUAGAUAACAAGACUCACGGAGUGCUCGACGAUUGCUUGUCAUUAGAGAGGAUUAAUCUUAGUAACAACAAAAUUUCAUUUAUUACUAGAAAAACCUUUCCUAGUGAUCCUUAUCGCCCGUACAGAUUGAAACAAAUUGAUUUAUCCUACAAUAGCAUGCCGGUCGUUACUUUCGAUCUGACAACCGGUACCAAGAAAGUCGAGGCUCUGAAUCUUAGUCACAAUGGUAUCAAUGAAAUACGAAGAUAUGUGAUAGGAAAUUUAACAUCUCUAAAAACAUUGGACCUGUCUGACAACGAGCUGAGUGAUCUUUCAGAAGAAUUCGUGUUCGAGCCGCCAGAAAACCUGACAAACCUGUACCUGAGUGGGAAUCACUUCAGCCAGUUGCCGGUGAGCAAAAUCUUGGCGAUGCCGAACCUGAAGGUUCUGGACCUGAAAAACAACGAGCUGGGGAGUUUCGACGAGAGUUACAUGAAGAUUGUGAGGAAUAAAACAUCGGUGAGGUACGGGGGGAACCCGCUGCACUGCGAUUGUUAUGCCCGGCCAGUUCGUAGAUGGCUGGAGACCUUGACGGAAAUUCCAGACGAGUGGAUGGACUUGACCUGUGCGAGUCCGGAUUACGUUGCCAAUAAACGACUUGUUGAUGUUGCUGAGGACUUGAUGACGUGUGGGGAACGCGAGAUCCAGGACAAUCCUCAAUUGGAAAUAACUCCGGACAUUAAAUUCCGCAAUAUCGAAUACGACGAAGAGGAUAAUUCGUGGAAGGUUAUUUGGUACGUGACGUCCCGAGGGGACGUCGGUGAUUUUUACCUGAUUGUCCGCGAGGUAGCAGGCAACAAACCGCUUUUAGAGAAGGAUCUUGUGUACAAAGAGAGAUCCUUUAAGAUAAAAGAUUUGCCAGAAUCGAUGAAUAUCAAAUACGAGCUGUGUGUGCUCGCAAGAGAUUCGAUCGGUAAUGUCAAGCACUUUAGAAGCUCUCAGUGUCAGAUCCUCAACAAACGACCGAUUCUAUCCUCCGACUCAUCAGCAUUAACGUGCUACUUUACUUUAACACUCGUUACCAUUACUCUAAUCGCUGUGAUGUAAAUAAAAACAUUUAUUGUUAUUUUA